UUUAGCCCGGUUUUCCAAUUAUUAACCGGGCAACUCUCUUCGACUUUUUUAAUGAGAUCGGUAACUAAGGACCGUGUUUAAAAAAAAGAAAAAAGAAACCGGUAACACGGUGGAAGGCCUAUAGAGGCGACAGGCGAGAAGAGAGCGACUGUGGGUGCUGUGAAGGCAUAUUCCUUACGAGUCAACGGUGAUUUGCUGCCGAGUCAAGCUCGACGCAUCUUCCUCUCGACCGGCCAGCUGCCGCGGUCACCACCGCUGGCCCUCUGCCGAAGUGCCGAUCGAUGACGAGCCUUUGGAGUCUGUGGGGAGAGUGGGAGAUCCGUGUGCUACUCCUCGGCAGCCUCUCCCUGCAGGUGUUCCUCCUCUUCACCGGCGGACUCCGCAAGCGCAACGUCGCGUCCUGGUUGCACUUCUUGCUCUGGCUCGCCUACCUCCUCGCCGAUUCCAUUGCCAUCUACGCGCUGGGUUCCCUAUCUCGGAGCCAGAAGCUAUGCCACGCCGACGGGGACACCGACUUGCACCUCCUCGUUAUGUGGGCGCCCUUCCUCAUCCUCCACCUCGGCGGCCAGGACACCAUCACCGCCUUCGCCAUCGAGGACAACGAGCUCUGGCUCCGCCACCUCCUCAGCCUCGUCACCCAGGUCGGCCUCGCUCUGUACGUCUACUGGAAGUCCCGCCCCUCCGCCGCGGGCCUCGUUGCUCCGGCCGUCGUCAUGUUCGUCUCUGGCGUCCUCAAGUAUGCCCAGCGCACCUGGGCGCUCAAAUCGGCCAGCAUGAGCAGCCUCCGCAGCUCCAUGCUCACACGCCCAGACCCAGGACCCAACUACGCGAAGUUCAUGGAGGAGUACCACUCCAGCAAGGAUGCCGGCUUGCGCGCCGAGAUCGUCAUCGUCCCCGAGCGGCUGCCCGUAGACGACGUCCACGUCCCGGAGGAGCCGAUGGAGUACGAGGAGCUUGUCAUCAAGGCACACAUGUUCUUCCACACCUUCCGCCGCCUUUUCGUCGACCUCAUCCUCAGCUUCCAGGACCGCACCGACAGCCUCGCCUUCUUCCGCCGCCUGAAGCGCGACCAGGCCUACAAGGUCGUCGAGAUCGAGCUUCAGCUCAUGUAUGAGUCGCUCCACUCUAAGUCGCCCGUCAUACACUGCCCCUCCGGCCGCUACCUCCGCGCUUUCACCCUGGCCGCGCCCAUCCUGUCGCUCCUCGUCUUCUCCAAGGCCGGCAAGGGACGCUACAAGGAGGCCGACGUUGCCGUCACAUACGUCCUCCUUGUUGGUGCCAUUUUCUUGGAGAUUUACGGCAUUGUCCUGAUGGCCAUCUCCUCCUGGAGCUACGCUGACCUGUGUAAGUUACGCAAAUGCCUCCCGGCGGCGAGGAGAGUGGUUUUCCAGGCCGUCAAGUACUUCAUGCCCGAGGCGAGGCCACGGUGGUCGAACCAGAUGGCCCAGUACAAUCUCGUGAGCUACUGCCUCAAGGACAAGUCCACAUGGUUGACGAGAGUGCUCGAGAGGCUCGAGUGGGAUUACAACAUCCGCGUGAAGACAGCGUGGGACAGCUUAUGGUACACGAAGCACAUCCGCGUGUCCCUGGUGCUCAAGCAGCUUAUCUUCAAGCAGAUCAAGGACAAGGCGAACAGCACGGUAGAUCCAAUGAGCUACCGGCGGUUCGGGGAUCACCGCGGGCAGUGGAUUCUGCAGCGCAAGGGGUGCUACCAGGAGCUCGGCUGGAGCGUCGAUGAGGUCGAGUUCGACGAGAGCAUCAUCCUCUGGCACAUCGCGACUGACAUCUGCUUCUACGACGAGGAUAACUCGGAUUUUGCCCCCUCCGGCGGCGGCGGGACCGCAGAAGAGGGCGACAUAAACAGCGGAUCCAUGUUGCCAGCGGCGAGCAGGGAAAUAGCAAAUUACAUGCUGUUCCUGCUGGUGAUGCGGCCGUUCAUGCUGACGGCGAGCAUUGGGCAGAUCCGGUUCGGCGACACCUGCGCGGAGGCCAAGAACUUCUUCCUGCGGCUGCGGGGAGGCGAGGCACGCGCGGAGGAGCGGCAGGGCGCUAGCGCGCUGGCGGCAGUGAAGGCGGAUAUCGAACCGCGGAAGGUGAAGGGGGACCGGAGCAAGUCGGUGUUGUUCGACGCGUGCCGGCUAGCGGAGCAGUUGCGGGGGAUGGAGAUUAGGAAGCGGUGGAGGCUGGUGGCCGGGGUGUGGGUGGAGAUGAUGUGCUACGCGGCGGGCAAGUGCAGGGGGAACUUCCACGCCAAGCAGCUGAGCCAGGGCGGGGAGCUGCUGACCGUCCUGUGGCUGCUUAUGGCGCACUUCGGCAUUGGUGACCAGUACAGGGUCGAGGCCGGCCAUGCCAGGGCCAAGCUCAUCGUACAGAACUAGCAGUUGCCUCGCCGCCCAGCUCCCAGUUCUUCUGUUAAAUUAUGAUCUACUGCCUCCCUCCGUUCCAUAAUAAUAGUGGUUUUAACUUUUGAUGAGUAAAGUCUGAUUUAAACUCUAAGGUUGUAAAGGUGGACGUAAAUGAACCUUCAUCUUUAAAUUCUGGAAGUUGGUA